CCGUGUGCAGAAGGACCACUCGCCUCCCACAACUGAUCCCUGUCACUGGCGACCUUUGCUGGCCAGAGCGGGGGGGUGGGAGGAGCUGAACCUCCCAACCCGGGUUCACCUCCAAAGCACCGCCCCUGCGGGGGCGUUCUCGGGUACGCCGUAAAGUAGAGAGUAUACUUAACAACCCGCCUCUGUCUUUACGGCAGGCCGCAUUCCAUGCCUCCAAUAUGGCGUCUUCCACAUAGGCAGCGGCUGUGGUUUCUACCCCGGGUGGCCGGGGGCAGUGCUGAGCUGGGACUGUUGUUUGCCCAGCCUGGGCUGCAGAAAGCAGCAGUUAAAGUUCGUUUCUGGUCACUGCUCCAGGAAGCCACCUUACUCUGAGGGUCAAGAAUUGCCGCUUCCUUUUAGUUACUGUAAGUUCCUCCUCUGCCCCUGGUUUGUUUCCCGCGGCACUUCUGGAUACCCCCAGGUCCCAGACCCUUCCAGACUCAAACCAUGAACCUUCGGCAGCUGCUGUUGCACUUGCCACGUUAUCUUGGAGCCUCGGGUUCCCCGCGUCGCCUGUGGUGGUCCCCGUCCCUCGACACCAUCUCCUCGGUGGGCUCUUGGCGUGGUCAGUCCUCCAAGUCCCCGGCCCACUGGAAUCAGGUAGUGUCAGAGGCGGAGAAGAUCGUGGGGUACCCCACGUCCUUCAUGAGCCUUCGCUGCCUGCUGAGCGACGAGCUCAGCAACAUCGCUAUGCAGGUGCGGAAGCUGGUGGGCACUCAGCACCCUCUGCUUAUCACAGCCAGGGGGCUUGUACAUGACAGCUGGAAUAGCCUCCAGUUGAGGGGCUUGGUGGUGCUCCUUAUCUCUAAAGCAGCUGGGCCCAGCAGCGUGAACACUUCAUGUCAGAACUAUGACAUGGUCAGUGGGAUCUACUCAUGUCAAAGAAGUUUGGCAGAGAUCACGGAGCUAAUUCAUACUGCUCUCCUUGUACAUCGUGGGAUAGUAAAUUUAAAUGAGUUGCAAUCAUCUGAUGGUCCACUGAAAGACAUGAAAUUUGGAAAUAAAAUUGCUAUCCUGAGUGGAGACUUUCUUCUAGCAAAUGCCUGCAAUGGACUAGCUCUGCUACAGAACACCAAGGUUGUGGAACUUUUAGCAAGUGCUCUUAUGGACUUGGUACAAGGGGUAUAUCAUGAAAAUUCUACUUCAAAGGAAAGUUAUAUCACAGAUGAUAUUGGAAUAUCGACUUGGAAGGAGCAGACUUUUCUCUCCCAUGGUGCCUUACUAGCAAAGAGCUGCCAAGCUGCAAUGGAAUUAGCAAAGCAUGAUGCUGAGGUUCAGGAUAUGGCAUUUCAGUAUGGGAAGCACAUGGCCAUGAGUCAUAAGAUAAAUUCUGAUGUCCAGCCUUUUAUUAAAGAAAAGACCAGUGACUCCAUGACUUUUAAUCUAAACUCAGCUCCUGUAGUCUUACAUCAGGAAUUUCUUGGAAGAGAUUUGUGGAUUAAACAGAUCGGAGAGGCUCAAGAAAAAGGAAGAUUGGACUAUGCUAAGUUGCGAGAAAGAAUCAAAGCUGGCAAAGGUGUGACUUCAGCUAUUGACCUGUGUCGUUACCAUGGAAACAAGGCACUGGAGGCCCUGGAGAGCUUUCCUCCCUCGGAGGCCAGAUCUGCUUUAGAAAACAUUGUGUUUGCUGUGACCAGAUUUUCAUGACAUCAAAUUAAAAAGACACUAUUGUUAGUUAGCUGAAAAUCCUAGGGAAUGAGGUUGAUUGGGAGAGUUUCACGAUGCGUUAAUGACUUUUAAAACAUAUGCAUUUUUCCUUCCUUUUAUCACAUUGCUAAAUGAGUUCUGCUUUCUUUUUGGAACUGCUACAAACAAAAUUAGAAGAAAAAAAGGUCAAGCAGUUUUCACUUGUCACGCCAGAAGCACACUUGAGGCUGCAGUCGCAGAAAUAAUUAAUGAGAUUCGCUCCUGUGACCUCAGCAAAUGGACAGGAAAUAAGUCCUUAUUGAUUGGACCGAGCCAGGGAUGGCGCCAGGGCGGUGGCCUGUGGUUUUUCCUGCUAGAGAGGACAAAGCAAGUUGGAAGCUGCAGGUGUCAAAAGAAACGCUCUCAAUACCAACCAGGGAGGAUUGUCUAAUCAAAAACGAGUGACCAAUUUGUCAUAAUGGAGAGUAGUUCAAUGGAUUGAGAAAAAUAUGUUUUAUUUGUUGGCUUGUAAUUAUGUCUCUGGAUUAUUAUUAUUUUUUUUUUUUAGAUGUAGUUUUGCUCUUGUUGCCCAGGCUGGAGUGCAAUGGUGCAGUUUUGGCUCACUGCAACCUCCGCCUCCUGGGUUCAAGUGAUUCUCCUGCCUCAGCCUCCCGAGUAGCUGGAAUUACAGGCGCCUGCCACCACGCCUGGCUAAUUUUGUAUUUUUAGUAGAGAUGGGGUUUCACUGUUGGUCAGGCUAGUCUCGAACUCCUGACCUCAGGUGAUCCGCCUGCCUCGGCCUCCCAAAGUGCUGGAAUUACAGGCUUGAGCCACUGCACCUGGCCUCAUGUCUCUGGAUUUAUAAUGCAGUAUGAAUAUACUUUGUGCUUUAUGGUUUUUAUAAUGUCUUUUUGGAGAAAUUGCUGAAAAGUUGCCAAAUACUUGAAGUAGGAGAUUAAAAUGUUAUCAAAUGUUAAAUUGGUUAUAUUAGGAAUAGUCUGUUUUUCUUUCUUGAAGAUCAGUUUUUUUUUUCAAACACAUUUCAAAGAACCAAUUUUUUUUUUCUUUAAGGAAAAAGGAGCUUUUUUCAAGUGAAAUGUAUUCAUUUGUAAUACUUUGGUUUAAGGAAUACUUUAAUUUUUACGAGUUUCAGAAACAGAAUUUUUGUACUAGGGAAUUCAUUGGUGAGAGUGUUCUUUUAACCUCAGAAUGUCAAAUUUUGGUCUUGAACCACAGACAUCCAAUUACAGAAAGAAUAUAAGCAAUCUCACAGGCCUGCAAUCGGACACUGUCUCUGUGUGGUUCAUAGGAGAUGAUUUUUGAGGUUUGCACUCAUGCAAUUUGAGAACACCGUUGACAAGAAGGCUGAGUUUACAUAAAUGAUCUAGAUUGAAACUCAGCUACCUUUCUUCCUCAUGUGGUGUAAUUACAGCCCUAUCUGGAGACAGCGAACACAGCAAACAGAUUUUAUUACCUAGUUCGCUCAAACACUACAUGAAGUUAUUUUAGUUAAAGCCCUCCCCCAAAAGUUAUAAAACCAUUUUAUCAGGGCCCAACAUGUGGCAUGCAAUGAAGAGAAAAUGUAAAGCUACAGAGGUUAAUGUAUUGUAUUAUAAAAUAUUUUAAGUGUACUCGAAAUAUCAUAAUUGUACAGUUUAUGCCACCAUAAUUUAAGGCCUAUAGAUUUAGCUUAAGAGAACACUCUUCUGUUUGAAAUGCCUUCUCUCACUGAAAUUGGCUUAAUUAGUAACCAUGGAUAAGAUGCUUUAGAUCAGACUAGGUUUUAAUCAUUAACUUCCACAAAGAAGUCAUACUUUGCGUUAGGUGUGCUGGUUGGAUGUGCAGGAACUUCAGCAAGCAGUAGGUUUUACUAAGCAGAUGGUCGGGCACUGCAGGGUACCAGGCAGGAUCCUAGGGCGCCUCUCAUUCUGCGUUAGCAUCUGGUUUGCUGUAUGACCUUGCACAAGUCACUUCCUUCUGAGCCUCAAUUUUCUCAUCUGUAAAAUGAGAUUCAAAAGUUGACCUGAAAGUCAAGUGUGAAAAAAAAAAAAGAAAUUAAACAAGAUAAUUAUGAAA